GGAGAUGGCGGGGGAGGGAGUCGCCACCUCCAUCGAGCUCACCAACUGCCGGCCACGACAUGGUGCCACUACGAAUUGCAGUGGAGGACAGCAAGAUCGACAUCGGCGACUUUUUCAAGGGCGAUUUACCCAAGAAAUUCCUCAUGCUCCUGGGUCUGCUCGCGCUAUCCCGCGUGGGAAUCUACAUUCCCCUGUGGGGCGUCGAUAUCUCCGCCUUCCAGGAGCAACUGGGGGAGGGCUCAUUCCUGGCCACCCUAGACACGCUCUCAGGGGGCGGGAUUGGACGGCUGGGAUUGUUUUCGCUGGGCAUCGUGCCGUAUAUCAACGCUCAGAUCGUGUUCCAGCUGCUGGGGACGCUGUACCCUAAGAUUGGGGAUCUGCAGAAGAAGGAGGGGGAGGCGGGGAGGAAGAAAGCGCAGCAGUACAUGAAGUAUAUGGCUGUGGCGUUCGGUGCCCUGCAGGAAGCAGAGCGGCGUUUCUUCUACCUCCCCGCCAACGUGGCACUCAUUGCCUUCUUCAACUACUUCUACACCUUCCUGCAACUCGACCCUGCUGAUGUCAGCGACCAGCUCAAGAGGCAGGGUGCGUCCGUACCCAACACGAGGCCCGGCAAAGCAACAGCCGCACUCAUCACCAAGGUCCUCACCCGCAUUUCGGUGCUCGGGUCGGCGUUUCUCGGCACGAUGGCAGCAGCGCCGGCUCUUGUGGAAGGAAUCACUCACCUCACGGCCUUCCGGGGGUUUGCUGGAACGUCCAUCCUCAUUUUAGUCGGAUGCGCUACCGAUACAGCCAGGAAGGUGCAGGCGGAGCUGGUUUCGCAGAAGUAUAGGACGAUUGAGCUGGAUGAUAUCAGUGCGGGUGGUGGAGGGAUUCCGCCUCCUAGGUGGAUUCUAGGGACGACAGGCUCCAGCGUAGCAGCGCCUACCCGCCGCCGCUCCACCCGCCGUGACGGCGCCCACCGCGCUCACCAGGUAGCGCCGCGCGCGCUGCUGGCCGCGCGGACAGCACCGGCGAGCAUGCUGCACGCGGAGCAGGUCAGCGCGCCGUUCCCCCCUUUUCCCAUGCCUUUCCGCCUUGCGCAUGCAUGUCCGCCUUUCCCCUGCCUUUCCGCCUUGCCCAUGCAUUUCCGCCUUCCCCAUGCCUUUCCGCCUUCCCCAUGCCUUUCCGCCUUGCGCAUGCCUUUCCGCCUUGCGCAUGCCUUUCCGCCUUGCGCAUGCCUUUCCGCCUUUCCCAUGCAUUCCCGCCUUGCGCAUGCCUUUCCCCCUCUGCUCAUGCCGUUCUCCCUGCCCAUGCCUUUCCCCCUCUGCUCAUGCCGUUCUCCCUGCCCAUGCCUUUCCCCCUCUGCUCAUGCGUUGCCCCCUUUGCCCAUGCUUUGCCCCGUUUGCUCGUGCCGUCCGUUCCGCCAUGUCAGGGAGAUGGCGGGGGAGGGAGUCGCCACCUCCAUCGAGCUCACCAACUGCCGGCCACGACAUGUGGAGGACAGCAAGAUCGACAUCGGCGACUUUUUCAAGGGCGAUUUACCCAAGAAAUUCCUCAUGCUCCUGGGUCUGCUCGCGCUAUCCCGCGUGGGAAUCUACAUUCCCCUGUGGGGCGUCGAUAUCUCCGCCUUCCAGGAGCAACUGGGGGAGGGCUCAUUCCUGGCCACCCUAGACACGCUCUCAGGGGGCGGGAUUGGACGGCUGGGAUUGUUUUCGCUGGGCAUCGUGCCGUAUAUCAACGCUCAGAUCGUGUUCCAGCUGCUGGGGACGCUGUACCCUAAGAUUGGGGAUCUGCAGAAGAAGGAGGGGGAGGCGGGGAGGAAGAAAGCGCAGCAGUACAUGAAGUAUAUGGCUGUGGCGUUCGGUGCCCUGCAGGAAGCAGAGCGGCGUUUCUUCUACCUCCCCGCCAACGUGGCACUCAUUGCCUUCUUCAACUACUUCUACACCUUCCUGCAACUCGACCCUGCUGAUGUCAGCGACCAGCUCAAGAGGCAGGGUGCGUCCGUACCCAACACGAGGCCCGGCAAAGCAACAGCCGCACUCAUCACCAAGGUCCUCACCCGCAUUUCGGUGCUCGGGUCGGCGUUUCUCGGCACGAUGGCAGCAGCGCCGGCUCUUGUGGAAGGAAUCACUCACCUCACGGCCUUCCGGGGGUUUGCUGGAACGUCCAUCCUCAUUUUAGUCGGAUGCGCUACCGAUACAGCCAGGAAGGUGCAGGCGGAGCUGGUUUCGCAGAAGUAUAGGACGAUUGAGCUGGAUGAUAUCAGUGCGGGUGGUGGAGGGAUUCCGCCUCCUAGGUGGAUUCUAGGGACGACAGGCUCCAGCGUAGCAGCGCCUACCCGCCGCCGCUCCACCCGCCGUGACGGCGCCCACCGCGCUCACCAGGUAGCGCCGCGCGCGCUGCUGGCCGCGCGGACAGCACCGGCGAGCAUGCUGCACGCGGAGCAGGUCAGCGCGCCGUUCCCCCCUUUUCCCAUGCCUUUCCGCCUUGCGCAUGCAUGUCCGCCUUUCCCCUGCCUUUCCGCCUUGCCCAUGCAUUUCCGCCUUCCCCAUGCCUUUCCGCCUUCCCCAUGCCUUUCCGCCUUGCGCAUGCCUUUCCGCCUUGCGCAUGCCUUUCCGCCUUGCGCAUGCCUUUCCGCCUUUCCCAUGCAUUCCCGCCUUGCGCAUGCCUUUCCCCCUCUGCUCAUGCCGUUCUCCCUGCCCAUGCCUUUCCCCCUCUGCUCAUGCCGUUCUCCCUGCCCAUGCCUUUCCCCCUCUGCUCAUGCGUUGCCCCCUUUGCCCAUGCUUUGCCCCGUUUGCUCGUGCCGUCCGUUCCGCCAUGUCAGGGAGAUGGCGGGGGAGGGAGUCGCCACCUCCAUCGAGCUCACCAACUGCCGGCCACGACAUGUGGAGGACAGCAAGAUCGACAUCGGCGACUUUUUCAAGGGCGAUUUACCCAAGAAAUUCCUCAUGCUCCUGGGUCUGCUCGCGCUAUCCCGCGUGGGAAUCUACAUUCCCCUGUGGGGCGUCGAUAUCUCCGCCUUCCAGGAGCAACUGGGGGAGGGCUCAUUCCUGGCCACCCUAGACACGCUCUCAGGGGGCGGGAUUGGACGGCUGGGAUUGUUUUCGCUGGGCAUCGUGCCGUAUAUCAACGCUCAGAUCGUGUUCCAGCUGCUGGGGACGCUGUACCCUAAGAUUGGGGAUCUGCAGAAGAAGGAGGGGGAGGCGGGGAGGAAGAAAGCGCAGCAGUACAUGAAGUAUAUGGCUGUGGCGUUCGGUGCCCUGCAGGCUAUCGGACAGGUGGCAUAUCUACAGCAGUACGCCUACGACCCGUCGGUCGCCUGGGCAGUCUCCGCCGUCUCGGGCCUCACUUUGGGAUCCGUGGCAGUCAUCCUGCUGGGAGACAAGAUCACUGAUCUCAAGCUCGGCAACGGCACCUCUCUGCUCAUCUUCACCAAUAUCGUUUCCUACCUGCCGGCGUCCAUUGGGAGGACGAUCACAGAGGCUUCUGAACAAGGGAAUGUGACCGGAGAGGCGCUGCUGCUCGCGUCCUUCCUGCUGCUCGUGUUCGGCAUCGUCUACGUGCAGGAGGCAGAGCGGCGUAUUCCAAUCAACUAUGCGUCUCGGUACAACAUCAAGACGCGGAAUGCGUACCUGCCAUUCAAGGUCAACUCAACGGGAGUCAUGCCAAUUAUCUUCUCUUCCUCGCUCCUCGCUGCUCCCUACUCCAUCGCUCGCUUUACCGGAAGUGCUGCUUUCCAGUCCGCUGCUACAGCUCUCUACCCUGGAGGUUUCUUCUACCUCCCCGCCAACGUGGCACUCAUUGCCUUCUUCAACUACUUCUACACCUUCCUGCAACUCGACCCUGCUGAUGUCAGCGACCAGCUCAAGAGGCAGGGUGCGUCCGUACCCAACACGAGGCCCGGCAAAGCAACAGCCGCACUCAUCACCAAGGUCCUCACCCGCAUUUCGGUGCUCGGGUCGGCGUUUCUCGGCACGAUGGCAGCAGCGCCGGCUCUUGUGGAAGGAAUCACUCACCUCACGGCCUUCCGGGGGUUUGCUGGAACGUCCAUCCUCAUUUUAGUCGGAUGCGCUACCGAUACAGCCAGGAAGGUGCAGGCGGAGCUGGUUUCGCAGAAGUAUAGGACGAUUGAGCUGGAUGAUAUCAGUGCGGGUGGUGGAGGGAUUCCGCCUCCUAGGUGGAUUCUAGGGACGACAGGCUCCAGCGUAGCAGCGCCUACCCGCCGCCGCUCCACCCGCCGUGACGGCGCCCACCGCGCUCACCAGGUAGCGCCGCGCGCGCUGCUGGCCGCGCGGACAGCACCGGCGAGCAUGCUGCACGCGGAGCAGGUCAGCGCGCCGUUCCCCCCUUUUCCCAUGCCUUUCCGCCUUGCGCAUGCAUGUCCGCCUUUCCCCUGCCUUUCCGCCUUGCCCAUGCAUUUCCGCCUUCCCCAUGCCUUUCCGCCUUCCCCAUGCCUUUCCGCCUUGCGCAUGCCUUUCCGCCUUGCGCAUGCCUUUCCGCCUUGCGCAUGCCUUUCCGCCUUUCCCAUGCAUUCCCGCCUUGCGCAUGCCUUUCCCCCUCUGCUCAUGCCGUUCUCCCUGCCCAUGCCUUUCCCCCUCUGCUCAUGCCGUUCUCCCUGCCCAUGCCUUUCCCCCUCUGCUCAUGCGUUGCCCCCUUUGCCCAUGCUUUGCCCCGUUUGCUCGUGCCGUCCGUUCCGCCAUGUCAGGGAGAUGGCGGGGGAGGGAGUCGCCACCUCCAUCGAGCUCACCAACUGCCGGCCACGACAUGUGGAGGACAGCAAGAUCGACAUCGGCGACUUUUUCAAGGGCGAUUUACCCAAGAAAUUCCUCAUGCUCCUGGGUCUGCUCGCGCUAUCCCGCGUGGGAAUCUACAUUCCCCUGUGGGGCGUCGAUAUCUCCGCCUUCCAGGAGCAACUGGGGGAGGGCUCAUUCCUGGCCACCCUAGACACGCUCUCAGGGGGCGGGAUUGGACGGCUGGGAUUGUUUUCGCUGGGCAUCGUGCCGUAUAUCAACGCUCAGAUCGUGUUCCAGCUGCUGGGGACGCUGUACCCUAAGAUUGGGGAUCUGCAGAAGAAGGAGGGGGAGGCGGGGAGGAAGAAAGCGCAGCAGUACAUGAAGUAUAUGGCUGUGGCGUUCGGUGCCCUGCAGGAAGCAGAGCGGCGUUUCUUCUACCUCCCCGCCAACGUGGCACUCAUUGCCUUCUUCAACUACUUCUACACCUUCCUGCAACUCGACCCUGCUGAUGUCAGCGACCAGCUCAAGAGGCAGGGUGCGUCCGUACCCAACACGAGGCCCGGCAAAGCAACAGCCGCACUCAUCACCAAGGUCCUCACCCGCAUUUCGGUGCUCGGGUCGGCGUUUCUCGGCACGAUGGCAGCAGCGCCGGCUCUUGUGGAAGGAAUCACUCACCUCACGGCCUUCCGGGGGUUUGCUGGAACGUCCAUCCUCAUUUUAGUCGGAUGCGCUACCGAUACAGCCAGGAAGGUGCAGGCGGAGCUGGUUUCGCAGAAGUAUAGGACGAUUGAGCUGGAUGAUAUCAGUGCGGGUGGUGGAGGGAUUCCGCCUCCUAGGUGGAUUCUAGGGACGACAGGCUCCAGCGUAGCAGCGCCUACCCGCCGCCGCUCCACCCGCCGUGACGGCGCCCACCGCGCUCACCAGGUAGCGCCGCGCGCGCUGCUGGCCGCGCGGACAGCACCGGCGAGCAUGCUGCACGCGGAGCAGGUCAGCGCGCCGUUCCCCCCUUUUCCCAUGCCUUUCCGCCUUGCGCAUGCAUGUCCGCCUUUCCCCUGCCUUUCCGCCUUGCCCAUGCAUUUCCGCCUUCCCCAUGCCUUUCCGCCUUCCCCAUGCCUUUCCGCCUUGCGCAUGCCUUUCCGCCUUGCGCAUGCCUUUCCGCCUUGCGCAUGCCUUUCCGCCUUUCCCAUGCAUUCCCGCCUUGCGCAUGCCUUUCCCCCUCUGCUCAUGCCGUUCUCCCUGCCCAUGCCUUUCCCCCUCUGCUCAUGCCGUUCUCCCUGCCCAUGCCUUUCCCCCUCUGCUCAUGCGUUGCCCCCUUUGCCCAUGCUUUGCCCCGUUUGCUCGUGCCGUCCGUUCCGCCAUGUCAGGGAGAUGGCGGGGGAGGGAGUCGCCACCUCCAUCGAGCUCACCAACUGCCGGCCACGACAUGUGGAGGACAGCAAGAUCGACAUCGGCGACUUUUUCAAGGGCGAUUUACCCAAGAAAUUCCUCAUGCUCCUGGGUCUGCUCGCGCUAUCCCGCGUGGGAAUCUACAUUCCCCUGUGGGGCGUCGAUAUCUCCGCCUUCCAGGAGCAACUGGGGGAGGGCUCAUUCCUGGCCACCCUAGACACGCUCUCAGGGGGCGGGAUUGGACGGCUGGGAUUGUUUUCGCUGGGCAUCGUGCCGUAUAUCAACGCUCAGAUCGUGUUCCAGCUGCUGGGGACGCUGUACCCUAAGAUUGGGGAUCUGCAGAAGAAGGAGGGGGAGGCGGGGAGGAAGAAAGCGCAGCAGUACAUGAAGUAUAUGGCUGUGGCGUUCGGUGCCCUGCAGGAAGCAGAGCGGCGUUUCUUCUACCUCCCCGCCAACGUGGCACUCAUUGCCUUCUUCAACUACUUCUACACCUUCCUGCAACUCGACCCUGCUGAUGUCAGCGACCAGCUCAAGAGGCAGGGUGCGUCCGUACCCAACACGAGGCCCGGCAAAGCAACAGCCGCACUCAUCACCAAGGUCCUCACCCGCAUUUCGGUGCUCGGGUCGGCGUUUCUCGGCACGAUGGCAGCAGCGCCGGCUCUUGUGGAAGGAAUCACUCACCUCACGGCCUUCCGGGGGUUUGCUGGAACGUCCAUCCUCAUUUUAGUCGGAUGCGCUACCGAUACAGCCAGGAAGGUGCAGGCGGAGCUGGUUUCGCAGAAGUAUAGGACGAUUGAGCUGGAUGAUAUCAGUGCGGGUGGUGGAGGGAUUCCGCCUCCUAGGUGGAUUCUAGGGACGACAGGCUCCAGCGUAGCAGCGCCUACCCGCCGCCGCUCCACCCGCCGUGACGGCGCCCACCGCGCUCACCAGGUAGCGCCGCGCGCGCUGCUGGCCGCGCGGACAGCACCGGCGAGCAUGCUGCACGCGGAGCAGGUCAGCGCGCCGUUCCCCCCCUUUUCCCAUGCCUUUCCGCCUUGCGCAUGCAUGUCCGCCUUUCCCCUGCCUUUCCGCCUUGCCCAUGCAUUUCCGCCUUCCCCAUGCCUUUCCGCCUUCCCCAUGCCUUUCCGCCUUGCGCAUGCCUUUCCGCCUUGCGCAUGGCCUUUGCCGCCUUGCGCAUGCCUUUCCGCCUUUCCCAUGCAUUCCCGCCUUGCGCAUGCCUUUCCCCCUCUGCUCAUGCCGUUCUCCCUGCCCAUGCCUUUCCCCCUCUGCUCAUGCCGUUCUCCCUGCCCAUGCCUUUCCCCCUCUGCUCAUGCGUUGCCCCCUUUGCCCAUGCUUUGCCCCGUUUGCUCGUGCCGUCCGUUCCGCCAUGUCAGGGAGAUGGCGGGGGAGGGAGUCGCCACCUCCAUCGAGCUCACCAACUGCCGCCACGACAUGUGCUUGCUGCUAUCAUCACCCCCCUGCCCUGCCCCUCAUAGCACCUCCCCUGACCCGCAUUUCCUCUUCUCCUCUCGUCCUCCUCUCUCUCCCGCCCUCCCCCCCGUGGACCUUGCACAG